AUGGCCUCUGCAGCAGUCGCCACUCAAGGGGUCCUCUGGCCCACCCCUCGGACACCCCCAGCUCCAGCUGCUGCCACCCUCCUGCUUCUACUCCUGGCCAGCGGAUGCCUGGGUGCCGAUGGGUGCCUCCCUUGCCACCCACAAUUCAAGAACCUGAAGAGCCGUUUUGCCCAUCUCUGUGCUCAGUACCGAAAACGUUACAGCCGGCAGAACUACGAGCUUUCCUUGGAUUUGAUUCUGGAAAAAACCCACCGCGUCUUCCGUGUUAUUGAAAUAAACCAAAGCCUGGAAGAGUUUCCAAAGUUUUGGGACUGGCUUCACAAAGUGAAGAUGCCAGAGCAGAGCAGAGACGCUUUGUGCCCUCCAGCUUGCCAUGGCUCAGCUCCAGUGGUCAACUGCUCUUCCUGCCGAAUGGAGGAUACGGCCUGCUGGGAUAUGAAGACCUGCUACCCAGAGCGCCUUGAUCUACAGAAGGCAGUCACGCUGCUGAGCACCAUCUCCGGCUCCUGUCUCUUUUUGGGUGUGGUCACAUGUGCCCUUGAAUUCCGGUUCCGUCCAGGGCUUGCCAUGGAGUGAGUGCCCAAGAGAGAAAGAGGCGGCAUUCGGAACACCCCCCAAGAGUUUCCUUCCAUGACCACAAGACCAGAGCGUGUGUGUAGGGGGGGGGUGAGAGGGGAAAUAGGGCAGUGUGAGCUGGCACAAGUGUGACUGACUACACUUCAGAGGAGUGUGUGACUGCAAAGGCAUGUGAACAGCCGUGUGCCAGAGUCUCAGGAAGUGAACGGUGCUUAAGGGGUCAGGCUGUGUGUGCGCACAUGCAUAUGUGCGCACAUGUGAAAAGGGCAUGUGUCGAUACGGUGAAUGUGCAGAGUGCGCACAAGGGUAGCUGGAAAGCCCCGGGGAGAAUAGACCAUGCCCAUAGGAAGGGGGCACGUGCACCAGGCUAGAUGUGCAAAGGUGCACACAGAGGCACAUAGAAGCUACCUACAUCAUGCGGUGUUCCAUGACCGCCUGGGUCCUUUGCAACCUUCCAGGCAUUUCUGCGGGGGAAGGCCCUGAGCCGCUGCAGGAGAUGCACCCAUGGAAACCGUUGUGUUGCCCUCAAGCCUCUGGUGCAGGAGUGCGGAGGCCAAAUGCUGCAGACUCGUGCCUCACAUAUUAGCGCAUGAAAAGGGCAGCCCAGGGCCGGGGAACGGAGCAUUGUCUCCUGUUCAGUGUGUGGCUGCUCUCGCCUCGACUAAUUAAAUGCUCAGGUUGCCAAUUUAAAAAUGUCAGUUGCACGAAGUCUAAAACGAGGACUCUCGAGGCUGCUUUCGCUGGGCCUUCAUGUCCUUCCCUCAUGCCCCCCAACGUGUCUCCACACCUGUUUCUUCCCCGCUCCUCCACUCUGCUUCCUCCAUCUAUGCCCCCUCCCAUCCAAGCAGAGGACCAUAGGUGUCUGUAG